CCAUCCAAAUUCCAAGGCGCACCUAGCGAGGACGUUGAUAGGGAAUGGGAACGAUUUACCAAACAUCCGAUGCUCGACGGGAGAUCCGGGCGCUUAGGGGUGCCGCUCUCUGUGAUUAAGCAAUCACCCAAGGCGGCAGAUGCGGACUGGGUGGCUUCAGCGGUCGAAUUGGGAGAGGACAGGUACAUGGCGAAUCUUGAAGUUUUCCACACAGCACACUGUCUGAAUAUGCUGCGCAAGAUGAUCUAUCCGGAGUAUUACGGAGUGUAUGGAGCAGCAGAAAGGGGACAUCUGGAACACUGCGUUGAGACGAUCAGACAGGCGCUGAUGUGCAAUAUGGGGAUGGGUCUUGUGACGUUCCAUUGGGUUGAGGGAUUGGAAGAGCCAUAUUCGGAUUAUAACACGUACCAUCAGUGUAGGGAUCCAGACGCGGUCUUGGACUGGGCUGUGCGGAAU